AUGGCGAGUACGUGGCGUCCACCAUCCAAAGCCAACCUGCUUCGGGCACUGGUGCUCGUCGUCGGUUGCCUUGCCAAAUUCUCCGCAGGCUCAAUAUUCGCCUUUAAUGUGUAUUCAAAUGCUAUAAAAGCCACCUUUAACUACACGCAGACUGAAGUUCUGCUGUUGGCGUCCAUGGUGAACCUGGGUCUUGGCGUGGGCCUUCCAGCAGGAAUGGUAUUCGACAAGUUCGGCCCUAUCCUGACGUCGAUCGUGGGGUUACUCAGCACGUCUGCCGGCUAUUUACUCAUUUGGAGUUCCUUCAAGAAUCCGACAUUCUAUAGCACUAGAAAUCCGUUGAUGGCUUUGUACUUUUUUAUUAUUGGCCAUGGGUCCCUUUACACGUACAUGUCGGCACUGGGGACAAACGUAAGGAACUUCAGGGAUAAGCACCGGGCAAAGAUCAUCGGCUUGCUGGAUGCCUGUUUUGGGGGAAGCCCUGCAAUCUUCGUUUUAGUCUACUCGGAAUUCUACACAAAUGGGCACGCGGAGGAUCAACAAAACCAAAACGUGGCUGGAUUUAUGCUUUUAUUCGCUAUAUGGUUUGCUAUCGCAAACUUCCUCUGUGUUUUGUUUCUCAGGAUUUAUCCUCCGGAUUCAGAGAAUAUUUCUAACAAUGUCUCCAAGAGUGGAACUGUACAGGCAGAGGAAUGCGAAAAGACAGUCAUCGGGGCAUCAGCUAGUGACGCUCAGGCAUACUCAUCUUUUGACGACAAUGCCAGUAUUAAUGCUGAUGUGCCAGACAGUAAAGGUGUAACGAAUAAGUCUUCUAAGCCAAGCGAAAUGAAACAAAUUCUGUUACUGUUUCUUGACUGGAAGUUCCAGUAUUUACUAUGGAUGUUCAUUUUUGCCUCUGUUGUAGGCCUAGCGUUUGUCAAUAACGUGACUGUGGUGACAAAAUCUGUGGGGUUGUCCAAAAUCGAUUCUGUGGUGACAGCACUUAUCCCAGUGACUGGUAUUUUGGCCAGGUUCACACUUGGUCCCCUGUCGGAUCACAUAAAAGAGAGGUUUGCCCGUAUCAACAUCCUGCUCAUCACAAAUGUGGUGUUUGCCGCUUCCCAGUUCAUGUGCAUCUUUUUGGCAGACAGAUCCUGGGCCUUUAUCCUAGCCAACAUCCUCAGCGGAAUAUCCAUAGGUAGUUUAUGGACUUUUGUUCCCGCCGUAAUCAGCGAAUAUUUCGGGCUGCGUGAUUUUGGCAGGAACUGGGGAAUAGUGAUUCUGCUGGCGGCACUAGCGGGUAUAGGGGUCCAGGCGGGUUACGGGAUGAUUUAUCAAAGCUUCAUCACGGAUCCUGAUACCACAAACUGCUAUGGACUUAUCUGCGUGAAGUGGAACUUCGUCAUGAUGUGUGGACUCACUGCGUGUGCCAUUCUUUUAAAUAUAUUCCUCAUUUUAACCACACGCUCUGAAUUUGCCACUGCAGGAAGAGAACACAAAAGUAAGCAAGCCACAUGA